CUCUCUCGCUCUCUCUGUGUGUGUGCUGGUAUAUAGGCCAAGUCACGAGGGUCGUCCCCUGCAGAAGAACAGCUCAAGUGUCGGUGUGAGGAAGACACAGCCAGAAAACCCAGGACUGAAGUUGCCUUCCCUAGCGGCCUUGCCUCUUUUAUAAGCUGUAAACAUGUCCAGAAAUCUGCUGAAGAAUCCCAGCGGGGAUGAGGAGCUGGAAUUCUGGGAACUGACGGAGAACGGUGGGAGCCAGUGGAAGGUGGAGGACAUGCCUGGAGACUGUGGCCACGACUUCAGCAGCGACGGAGUGAGCAAAUACUUUGCCACGUCCUUUGAGCUGUGUCUGAAGAGGCAGGUGAUCGACCUGCUGGCAGAAGGGUACUCUGCCGAUCAGCUGGACGCUCAGCCCGCUGUGACGGUGGAGGACUGGUACUGUGGGCGGACGGACUGCGGCUGCACCUACCAGCUGUCUGUGGAUCUGCUGGAUGAGAAUCAGGAGGUCAUUCAGGAGUUCAGGUCAGAACCGGUGACCCUUGACCCUGAUUGCGAUGACUGCUCCUGGAAACAGGUCAGUCAUACUUUUACAGAUUACGGCCCUGGUCUGCGUUUCAUCUCAUGGGAACAUGGAGGACAAGACACCAAGUUCUGGGAAGGAUGGUUUGGAGUCCGGAUCACCGGGAGCUCUCUUACUAUUGACGUCUGAGAGAGAGGGAAAGGUGAAAAAAGGGAAAGGAGGAGGAGGGUGGAGAUGCGACAAGAAUCACUGAAAGGUGAUGAAUUUGAAGAAUGAGAGUGAACAGACGGACAGAGUGAAAAGUAGAUUCUGAGGUUUCAAGAGGACCAGCUUUUCCUUAUGCACCAGGCAAUCCACCUCUAUAGAUGAUAUAGACUUUUAUAAAUAGAGUUCAUGCUGUGGAACCAGACUGCUGCUACGAAGACUAGACUAAUAAGGCUUGAUUAACUUUAAAGUUACUGCGUGCAACACUAAUUAUGACUGAAUCACAGUCUGUUAUCUACUACCUCUGCACAGUGGCUCAACAUGGGGGAAAAUAAAGGAUUUGUUUGGUGGGUGGGGGUGGAGUUAACAGUUUUAUCAUGCAAACAGGAUUUAAAUGGGAUUAAAAAAGAAAUAUUUAACCAUG